CAGCCUUUCAGGCAGAGCUGAGGGUUGUUAUGCCACUCUCCAUUCAAUGCUGCUGCUGGGGCUCCCUGCCAAACACAAAUGGACUGUCAACACCGAAACAUGGCCGCCUCUGCGACGAGCAGGACGAAUAACAGAGAAAACGCCACCGCAGACAGACCCAAAUGUCAAGAAGAGUCCCUGACGCCGUCGCGGGACAUAAUAAAACCCACCAUCACGGAGCUGACCAAAGAAGUGAGGACGAACAUCCUCUGCACCGUGGAGGGAUGUGGCAAGAUUCUCCCCAACACACCUGCAUUGAACAUGCAUCUUGUGAAGUCACACAGGAUAAAGGAUGGUAUGGUCAAUCCUACGGUCAGAAAGGACAUGAAGGGCUCUCAGAAGCUUUACUGCUGUCCAAUUGAGGGUUGUCCCAGGGGGCCUAACAGACCCUUCUCCCAGUUCUCUCUGGUUAAACAACACUUCAUGAAGAUGCAUGCAGAGAAGAAACACAAGUGCUUCAAGUGCAACAAUGGCUACAGCACAGAGUGGGACCUAAAGAGGCACAUAGAGGACUGCGGGAAAACCUACCAUUGUACAUGUGGCUGCCCCUAUGCUAGCAGGGCUGCGCUACUCUCGCAUAUCUACAGGACGGGUCACGAGAUUCCUACAGAGCACAGAAUUCCUCCCGUAAAAAAGCGAAAGAUGGAGAAACUGUUAAGUGGCUCUGAAAAGGUUAAGAUCCAUGAGUCAACCUGUCCGAUCAUGCCUGCUGGUAAAGAGCUGACAGAGAGCGUUCUCACUUCUGAUACAGCUAUUCAUCACACAGACUCGGUGAAUCAGAACUCCAACACCCGUAAGAGCCCGCAGAAGUUGCUCCUACCAAAGCCGAAGAUGGCUUUGGUCAGCGUUCCUGUGAUGCAGCUGGCCCAUCUGCCUGUCCUGCUUCCAUCUACAGAAAGCGGGGCUCUGAGGUCUGUAGUGCUGGCGGUGGACAGCCAAGGCUCAGUCAGCACCCUCCACCUCCUGCCACAAGCCACGGGAGCUGUGGUACCCCAACUUGAUGCUAAGAGUUUGGGUUUCAAGGACAGCAUGCCUACUUCCCGCUCCAGCCUGGGGCCUAUUAGCACAGGAGUGCAGGUCAGUCUGGAUCCUGCGGGCACAGACGACUCAGCCAGCCUAGCACGGGGAAGAAGCACUUCCACCAAUAUUCAGACUGACAAAUCGUACUUGUCAAAAAUGCCCACAGGAGUCGGGGUUGGGGAGGGAAUAGGGUUGUGCUCUGUGGGCGAGUCCUCGGUGUCGUCCUGCUCCCAAACAGACAUCAGCGUGAGUGCACAAAUCCUCCUGCCAGUCAGUGUUGAAACCCAAACAUUCUCCUCCCGGGCCAAAGCUACAUCUUCUAUUGGAGCUCAGACGGACAGCCAGUGCAUGAGUCAGAUUCCUUGCACCUCCUCAUCUGUGCCCCCUUACAGAACCAGGCAGACACAGACAUAUUUUGCGAUGCCACAGUCAGAGGAGAAGGCUCAGGACCAGGCCAUAAUGUGCUCUGAGCUAUUUGGCAGUGACUCCCUCAGCGUUUCCACUCAGACGGCUCUGGAGAUAGAUGACACCCUCACUGCUGCGGGAAGCAGUAUAUAUGAGGACUCAAAGUCGGCUGGUGGUAUGUGUUUUGGGGUGCAGACAGAUGAGCUAAACUCAAACAACAUGGCAGAUAACCAGACCCAAACAAUGACCUUGUUAAACGACUUAGAAAAUAUUCUGUCUGACAGCAUGUCAGGCCACCAGGUGCUCACAGAGGCCUCCGCGGGCUGUGGGUCAGGUUUGGGAACUGUUCAGGAGCAACACAACGGCAUUGACUUUGACUUUGAGGAGUUUCUAAAUGCUGUGCACAUCCAGACGCAGACAGAGGAGAGUGAGCUGGGAGGGCUGGGUGGUGACACGCCUCUGGAGUCUCUGGAUAUCCAGACCCAGACGGACUUCCUCCUUAUGGAUGAACUGGACCAAAGCGAGGGCCCAAGUCGAACCCAAGCCAGCGACCUGGAGCUAUUCGAUACGCAGACUCAGACUGACCUCAAUUUCCUGCUGAACGCCGGAAGCCACAUGCCCCUGAGCAGCAUCCUACGACAUUCAAGCUUUUCUAUGAGCACAGAGUCUUCAGACACAGAAACACAGACGGAUCUCCCCUCCUUUGCCACAGGUCUCCCUGCUCAGACGCCUGUGAGUCAGGGCGAGCAUGCGAGGCUGCUGAACAGCACAGAGACACAGACUGUGACCAGCCAGGCAGAAGGCCUGGGACACCUCUUCCUAACAAGCAACGAAACACAAACGGUCAUGGAUGACUUUUUGUCAGCAGACCUGGCGUGGAACAUGGAGUCCCAUUUCAGCUCUGUGGAAACGCAGACAUGUGAGGAGCUUUGUGCUCUCUUUCAGCACCCCGAGAAACCCAACAGCUGAACCCCUCUUAGUGAAGCUGUCUAAGCUUCUGCAGUACAGGUUUCUCGCGUCUGUUCCUGUGAGAGGAAUCUCGCUGUCGUCCAGCGGACCACAGUCUUAGCAGUAAGAAGUCUGCGAAAAUGUCUUUGAACAUUCCACCGGAGACAUCAUGUCCAGAGCCUUGCCAGGUCUACAUCCUGACAGCUCUGCUGCACUUUAUUAGCUCAAUGGGCAUGAUUCAUCAGCUCCUGCAACAGUUUACAUAUUUAUUUGCACAUAAAGUAACAUAUUGUAUGUGUCUUGUCUGAAAUGGCAGUUUAUUUCUGUAUUUCAGUGUAUAACCAAUGUGGCUGGUUUUCACUGUUUGGUCUUACUAGCAUUUUUAAAAACAUUUCAUCAAAGUUAGAUUUAAAAAGGGAUAAUACCUUUAGCUGUGUGUGGCUGUCAAGAAAAGGCUUAUAAAAUGGUUACCCUGUAUGACAGCUUUCAGAUAUGCAUAUACUGCAUAAACACAGCUUCAUCUCAGAUGUGCAGUGAACAACAUUGUGCAUUUAGUUUAUGCGUAUGUUUGUGCAUGAAGCCUUCACUUGGUCAGCAGCGCAGAAGCAUAAAAUAUCUAUUCUCUGCUUGUGCACCUAAUGGCUGACGCAUUGAUGUUGCCCCAUCAGCGACAGUGAGUCUAUAAACUCUGAAUUACAUUCUGCAAGCUUUGCAGCCACUGAAAACUUGACCAAUGAGAGCGCUAUGCUUUUCAAAACAAAACCUUCAACAGUGAACAGGGUAUUGCUAAAAGGCAUUAAGUUGUAUCUCUGAAACAUACCGUUACUCUUACAGUUGUGACACAAGUAAAAAUGCUUGUUUAUGUCUCGUCAGUUGUUGCGCACCUUUCAUUGAAAUGUGAUUGUGAAGUUUGAUGUUGUGUAAACACUUUUUUUGUGUCUGGGCCUCUAUAGUUAAGCAGUCAGUUCAAGUCAGUAAGCAGACGAGGCUGUCAACGUCUUUGACUUAUUCAUUAGCUGGGUGUAAGUGUAUACAGUAGCAGUGCUCUGCCCCGAAGUGAUCCAGUGAUGUUACUGUACCGAAACACAUAGUGGAUUAGCGCUAGGAUUAGCACAGAGCCAUUGUACGUAUUCAACACCUGAUUUUGACUGAAAGGAGUCCUGAAGAAUAUCUGCUGAUAAGUUUGUGAGAUUUCCGACCCUUAAGAAUCGGACGCAGUAUUUUAAUUUAUUUUAUUUUUUGAUCUCCAAGUGAGACUAAAGUUGACGUUUUGAUUUUGUUUUACUGUUGCACCACAGAGUUACCUCACUAAGCACAGGCACCGCAUGCAGACCGGGUUCUACUUGGGAACCUUGAGCUAUAGGCCUUGAUAAUUUGUUAAUUUUGUUACGUUGGUGCCUUAACCCAAGUAUUUACUACAGUUUGCUGCUUCAUCAUAAUUAACAACUACCAGAGUAUGUUUUGGAAAAUGAACACUGGAGAAUUGUCAUCAUCCUUUCAGUCUUUGCUUUGCAUGCUUAAUCCAUUCUAUAUUGGUAUUUUCAUCACACUUGCAUGAAAUAUUAGAGUGUCCCUAAUUUUCCUCUAUAGAAUAUUUCUGCUCUGUCACAUGAAAAUAAUGCUAUGCAGCAUUUUAUUGAAGAGAAUUUGUUUGACACAAUGUCACUAGUUUUAGUGACCGGUGGUUAAUGCUGUUGGUUUAUAGAUACGUAUUUGUAGAAACUGAAGAAUGUACAGAACAUUGUGACA